CUCUGAAUCAAAACCCAUACUCCUCUCUAUAAAUAGGUGCCGAACGUUGUACCCACAGAAAACACUACACUUCCGCUCAGGAGCGCAACGCCGCCAUAGCAUGCAUGGCAAGGGAAAAGGCAGCGACGUCAUCCAAAAUGGCCGUCGGGGUCAUGAUCUUGCUGCUCCUUUUGGUGCUUUGCACCGGCGGCAAUGGUUUCUACGGCCGCUGUUAAAACACCGCCUGCGACAGCGGCAUCAAGCAGCGGCGGCAGAGGCCGCCGUGUGCUCAGCAGGAGAUGGCUGCAGGCACAGGGGAGUAGGUGUACACCAAGAUGCAGGCAAUUUUGUCUAUGUGCGUUUGAUUGUGACCAGUGCCGAUCCAUUUAAUCUAAUACGUACGGACAUAUAUGUCGCAUGAAGAUAUCGACUCGACCACUAAUACGGAAUUACUAAAUAAUACGGAGUAGGUAGUACUCCGUAAUACGGAAUUAUUAUUAUUUUGAGUGCAUUUUCUCUUUUUAGUAUUGAUAGAGUAUAUAGACUCGGACCCCCGGGUCUCACGACUAUUGGGCCCGGACAGCGGCCCACAUACGCUCAGUAGAUAGCAUUUAUCUCAUUGUACACUCUAUUUUAUUCAUGUAUAUCCAUUAGAAUAGAUUAGAUACCAUUUAUUAGCCAUUUAUUGGCCUUUUAUUGUAACUGGGCCAGCCAGGCCCAAGCCUGGAAGCCCAACCCUCUUUUCUCCUAUAAAUACUCCCUAUGGGAGCCAUGUAAAGGGAGAAGAUGGGAUGGUUGAUUGGAAUUCAUUAUACAUAUCACUUUAUCUCUCU